AUGGCUUCUGACACUGGCCUCGUCAAUCCCCUCUUCCACCCUUUUCUCUUCCUCUUCCAGAUCUUCCAAUGGCUCACCGAUAAGCUCCUCUCGCCCAAGCCACCGAGUGAAAACGCGAGGCUUGGGCGUAAUAGACCUAAGAUUGCGGUCAUUGGGGCGGGAAUUACGGGCGUUACGAGUGCGGCUCAUUGUAUUGGGCAUGGCUUUGAUGUUGUCAUUUUUGAAGCUGGCUCCAAGGAUAAUGUUGGUGGUAUUUGGAGUAGAGUCAAUGAGACGUCUGGUCUUCAGAUUCAUUCGUUGAUGUACCGUUUCCAUCCUUCUGUUCAGUGGAAUCGUGGAUAUCCCGACCGUCAGCAAAUUCUCAGUCAGGUCCGACAACUCUGGGAGCGCUAUGGCCUCAAAGAAAGGACUCGUUUCAACACAAAAAUUGAUCGAGUGUACCAAGAUGAGCAAGGACGAUGGAUUGUCAACGACCCUUCUCUCGGACGCUUUGGCGGUGUCAUUGCUGCGGUUGGAACUUGUGGCGCACCAAAGAUGCCAAAGAUCCCUGGCAUGGACGACUUCAAAGGUCCUAUUUACCACUCUAGUGAGCUAACUGGAAAAGAUGUAAAGGGUAAGAAGAUGGCUAUCAUUGGCGGAGGCGCCUCAGCAGUUGAAGCUCUUGAGUUCGCCUUUACAGAAGAUGCUGCCAAAGCGACUAUUCUAUCGCGCUCAGACAAGUGGAUUAUUCCUCGCAACAUGAUCGUCGAUACACUUCUCAGCUUCAACAUCUUUGGCCAUGAGACAUUUUUAUCGUUUAUCCCAGAGUUCUUCCUCCGCAAGUUCUUUUACAGAGAUCUUGAGGACAUUGCUCCGGACAAGAGUCAUGGUUUGUUCAUGGAGACACCUAUGGUUAACUCUGAUGUUAUGGAUAAGCUGCGCGAAGGCAAAGCUGAAUGGGUUCGCUGCGAUAUCGAUGAGUUCGUUGAGAGCGGAAUUCGCGUGAAUCGACGUGCCAAGGGUGUGCCGCAGGGUGGUCCUGGUCAUGAGGAGGUCAUCGAUACUGAUAUUGUUGUCAUGGCCACUGGCUUCAAGAGACCUUCUCUAUCUUUCCUCCCCAAGGAUUGCUUCGAGGAACCCUACCCACCGCCAAACUGGUAUCUCCAGACCUUCCCACCCACUCACCCUUCCGUCUCAGCCAUCAACUGCACAUACGUCAACGCCAUCGGCACCGUUGGAAACUGGCACAUUGGAAUCUACACUCGAAUCCUCCUCAUGUUUCUCAUGGAUCCGUUCUCUCGACCCAGCCCUUUCUGGAUGCAGCGCUGGAUUGACAUGACCAAGACACUUAAGCUCACCAGUCCGACUGGCGCUUUUGACUUCUUUACUUACUUGGAGUUGAUCUGGUGGUUCUUCUUCUGUGUUGUUAUUAACCCGUUCCGAUGGAAGUGGGCUAUCUUUGUGUUCUUUGGUGUAGGGUUCGGACUUCCGAAGGCGGUGGUGAGUCAGGAGGAGAGAUUCACCAAUGGCAAUGGAUACCAUGCUACAGAUGAAGGUAGAAGCUUUUAG